CCAGGCGCGCCCGCCAAUCCAAGGUGCGCACAGCCCCCGCCCCCCGGAUUACUGCAGCAGCCGCCAAGCGGCCUGCGCCCGCCGCACACGGGCUGCCGGGAGCGAGCCGGAGGGCGGCUUCGCGCAAUCCCCAACCCGGCGCUCCGACUCCGGGGAGGAACGUUCCCUUGCCUGCAUUUGUCCCCUCUCGGCUGCCUUAGUCACGUGGCACGACGCGCUCGCGUCCCCCUUUCCGCAGGCCGGCAUGGCCGCCUCUGCCUGCCGCCCUCCGGGGCCCCGCGUGCUGCUGGGUCUCCGCGACGCCGCCAUCCCGCACCCCGGCCGGGACAACCUGCAGCCGCCGUCGUGGGCCACCAGCAAGCUGGGCGGCUCCCCGAAUUGUGCCCCUUCAGUAACUAUGACUUAUCCUUCUUGUGGGAUCUGCGGUGCCAUCCUGAUGCACAUAGUGCAGAUAUAUUGCCCCCUUGAAGGCUCACUAUUCCACCGUGUCAUUAAUGUAUUUGCUUGUGCUGUGAAAGGCUGCUGGGGAAAAUCAGAAAGCUGGAAAGUGUUACGCUCCCAGUAUUUGGAGAUGCAAGGAAAAGAAACACAAGAUUGCAGAUUAAAGCAGAAACAAGAGAAUAACUUUGCAACAAAGGAUUGGUGCGAUGGAGCAGAUGACUGGGGAAUUUGUGAUGAAACAGAAUGUCCUGUGCGAACCACCAGUCACCUACUUGGCUUAAACACAGUGAGCAGUUCCUCCUUGUCCACAGCCACAGAGUGUGCAUCUCAAUUUCAAGGACUUAGCUUGUCAGAAACUACAGAUGUCUCUGAUUCCUUACAUAGGCCAGUACCAUGUGGAGAUGGGAUAGUAAUGCCUACCUCUUGUCCCAGAUUCCAGUCCUAUUACAUCAGUGUUGUGGAUGAGGAAGACUACACUGGCUCCCUUGAUACAGAUCAUGCACACAAACUUUUAAAGGAAUAUCAGCAGAGGGAGGGCAUUGAUUUGGAACAGUUGAUGUCAGAAAGUUUUGUAGGUGAAGGUGAUAAUGAGAAGUAUGAAAAGAGUGAAGGCAAAAAUAGGGACCAUGUGUUCCAUAAAUUUAUGAAGAGAAUUUCUUCCUGUCAUGAACAAAUUCUAAGAUACUCCUGGGGUGGCCAGCCUUUAUUUAUAACAUGUCCUUCAUCCAACGUUAAUAAAAUGAUUCCAGUCUGCAACAGCUGUGGAAGUAACAGAGUCUUUGAAUUUCAACUUAUGCCAGCACUGGUCAGCAUGCUGAAGAGUGUUGAUGCAGAUCUAUCAGUGGAAUUUGGAACAGUUAUAGUUUACACGUGUGAAAGAAGCUGUUGGCCAGCUAAUCAUCAGAACCCCUUGGAGGAAUUUAUUUUUAUACAAGAAGAUCCAGAUCAGCAAUUAUUUAAAUAAAACAGUUAUUUUCUUGAA